AUGUCAAAGACUUCCAAAAUUUCUACUAAAAAUGCAAGAAAAGGCCACAAGAGGAAACCCAAGGAUUUGGAAACUCAUGAAGAAGCAAAGGAAAAGCCUACCAAGCAUUCUCGGAAGCAAUAUGACUUUAAAAAAGUUGACGAAGAUGCUUUUGAAGAUACCAAGCUUAUUCAGGACUACUUGCCUGAAAAAGCAGUGAAACAUUACAAAGUAAUCUCAAAGUUCAUCAAUGAAUUCAACUGCAAUUCCAAAGACAUGAAUAUCUACCGGAGGGCAUUCGAGAGAGACAAAAUUAUUGAUUAUAUUCAUGAAAAUAUUGAAGAAUCCAAGUCUGGACUCAUGUAUAUCAGUGGCCACCCGGGAACCGGCAAAAGUUCUAUACUCAGAGUUGUUUUGAAAAUGCUGGACAUGGAAAUGGACAAAGACCAAGAUCUUAAAGAGACACUGCACAUUUUCAAUUAUAAUGGAAUGAUUUUUAAAAACCUCUAUGACUUUUCAGUCCAGUUUAUUAAAGACUUCCGCAAGGAAUUCCUGAACAAAGACUCCAAGAACAUCGAGUCUCAGCUUAAAAUGACCGACGAUGUGAUCGACCUUGGAAACAGAAUUCAAAAAUUGCUGUUUAACUACAAACAAUACCAUAAACUGAUCAUUAUUGAUGAAGUAGAUAAUCUCUCGAUGACUGAGUCUGCAAGGAACUUUGUUGCGUUCCUGAACUCAAUCUUGAAGUCUGACACAAACACGACGAUCAUCGGCAUUGCGAACUCUGUCGACCUUCUGUCCAAGGUGUCUCAGCACAACAGCAAAGAAAUGGAACUAGUCGAGAAAUAAAAUUGUUUUUCCUCCCUACAAAGAGAAAGAUGUCAUCGAAAUUUUCAAGAAGAAGAAAGAGAAGUUCUGAGCCAAGUAUAAAGUUGAAGCUGAUUACAUUACUCCUGAAGCUCUCAAGUAUACGGCUCUGAAAGUCUCAAAAGUGUCAGGAGACAUCAGGGUCGCCUUUGAUUUGAUUAAGUCAGCUUUGACUCAUUUAACUCUACAGUACAGACAAGAAGCUAUUAAAUGAAAAGAUAAGGAUGACUCUUGAGUAAGCAGUGAAUCUACUCACCUUGAGGAAAACAAGAAUGACAAGAGUUCGUUGUUACCUCCUGGCAAACAAGCAUCUCCAGACAAGAAGCCUUCGAUAGAUAAUUUCAAGAUAGACAUUAAUGAUCCCAAAGCAGACGUAAAGCUGAUUGUAUAUCUCUGUAAGACCAAGUUGGCGAUAAAAAGCAUGGAUAUUAUCAAGACACUUCCAAGCCAGCUUAUAGUUACUCUGAAGACUCUUGUCUAUGUGUUCGAUGAGAAGAAUAGCAUCAACAAAAACUUCAAGGUCUCUGAGCUUUUCGCAGCUAAUUCUAGAACUUUGGGGAAACUUGGGUUGUUAAACUCGAGCAUGUCUGAUUUCUGAAAUGGAUUAAAGACUUUAGAAAACUAUGGAAUGAUAAGCUACACAGAAGGUAAGAAUGCUAAAGCUGGGAAAGUUUCGCUUAAGAUUGAUAUUGAGGAGUUAAAGAUGGGUCUUGAUGAAACUGAUGUUCUAUAAUCAUCAAAUAUUG